GCUGUCAGUCGUUCAUUCUCUCACUACAUUGACAUUCGUUGAAACCCGAUUCUCGCGAGUCACUCAUUCCCUCGCGUGAGCCAGCCAUUCUUUGCUUCCAGUCUGUCCUUACCACUCCCCCCCAAAAGGCACAAUGGCAAGCAAGCUUGCACACACUCUUUUCACCAUCGCGAGCGUGGGACUCCUCGCCUCCGCCCAGCUCGCCGUGGACACCACGCCCGUGACGGCCGCCGCCUCCGUCGAGACGGUCUCCAUGAUCGACGCCUCAGGCCUGCCCAUCACGACCGUCUCCGACGCCGCCGACAACGCCUGGUACAUCCCACUGACGGGGCCCGCCAGCGCCGCGACCGCCGCCUGGGGCGCGAGCGCGCACAUCCACAGCGACGCCGCCGCGCUGCUGCCCAUCACCUUCGGCACGGCACCCACCAGCACCCCCACCGUCCACAAAACCAGAAGCCUCUCCCAGGAAACCAGUGCCUUACCCACGGCAACCGUCUCCCCGAUCGGCAGCCCCUCCGGCGACGAAUCGACGACCUCCUCCCUCGAACUCGCCCUCAACCCCGAAUCCAACGCCCUCCUCCUCGGCGCCGACACCACCCUCACCAUCUCGACCACGGUGAUCGCGACAGCCGAGAACCCCACGAACAUCAGCACGACGAACCUGACCACCCUACCGGUUGGCAUGAACCUAGGGUUCGGGACACAAUGGCCCGGCGCCCUCGUCUUCGGCGGCAACUACGACGCGAAUCGCAUCUGGAACGAAUCGCACUGGCAGACGACGCCGGAGACGAGCGCGGGCAAUUCAACAUUCACCCGAACCGGCACGCAGCUGCUCAGCAGCGGCGUCCAGCUCAAACUCUACCCCACGCCAGACCCCACAGCCAACACGAACACCAACGCAACCUACCCCUUCGACACCGCCGCCGCCCCAACAACCACAUCAGCCACCCUCCCCGCGACCCUGAAUUUCACAGCCGAGACCCUCACGGUCCCCGACGCGAGCUUCUGCGCCCGCAAUUUUAGUGUGGUCUUCAACCCGGACAGCGCGACCUACCCGCUCUUCGAGAUCCCCGUCUGGGCGGAUCUGGUGCCGGCGGGGCAGCGCUGUGUUGUGGGUAGUGGGGAGGAGAUCAUCCUGGGGAGACCGUUUUUCCAGGCGGCGUAUGUGUAUAUCACGGACGUCGGGGAUCUGUAUUUCAGUUCGAUCCGGAGGGAUGGGGGGGUCGGGGUCGCGCCGAAGGAGUUUGAUUUGCAUGCGGUGUUGGGGGCAGGGAAGGGGGGGGAUGUGUAUGCUAAUGCUACGGCGGAAGAGGCCGGGGCGGAGAGGAGUGUGGUUUCGGGGGAGGGGAGGGUUACUAUCACAUGUAGUGUCUGGAUGGUUGUUGCUGUGGGGGUGGUGGUGGGGUGGGUGGUUUAG